UGAAACUGAAGUGUCAUAUAUUGUUAUUUCACAUCAUCAGAUAGCGCGCUUUAUUUACUGUGUGCGUUACAAUGUCAUGAAAGGCGGUUCUAGUUCCACAAAGUUAUGGCUUCUGAAGAACUCAAUAACCUAGUUGGGGCAUAAUCAUUUAUUAGUAACUUAUUGAUUUUUUUACAGAGAAAACCAUCUGCAAGACGUUCGAAGCCCGAUAUGGCAGCUCUAGUAGAUCAGCAGAGGCUUUUCGAAAAUCCAUGGAGUCGAAAGCCUUUAUUCCAACUAGAAUCACUUGUACCAGUUGUAUCUUUGCAUGAUGUACGAUCUCACCCAAAUAGUAUUGAGCAGGUUGAUAUGACUUCAACGUCCCUUGCUGAAAAACGUUUCCUCAAACAUCCAUCUGCUUCAUUCUCUUCAUCUGAUGAUUCAGAUAUUAUUGAAAACAAUAAUAUAAAUUCAAUUGAUGAAGAUGAUGAUCUACCUUUAUCUACAUUCCUUCCUUUGAAAUCAGAUACUUUGACCAAUAAUACAACUAUUAUUACUAAUCAUCAUUAUCAUAGUAAUAAUAAUAAUACUAACAAUAGUAUUCAUGAUGAAAAAAAUUUCAUACCAUCUUGUCCAUGUACAAAACCUGCAGUUCUAGAUGAUCCACGUUUAGAUGGAUUAUUUUGUUCACCUGAAUGUCUUAUACGUGCAUGUCAUGAAGCGUUUGAUGUAUGGUUAAGAAAUCAUCAUUGUAUUAAUAAUAAUUCUAUAAUUUAAUCAAUAGAAAAGAAUGCACAAGAUAAUUAUGCUCUCAUAGUAUUUGUUAUAAAUCUCAUUUAAAUGUGUACAUAUUUAUAAAUAUUGUUCGGAAUAUAUAUAUAUAUAUAUAGGAUGUUUGUAUGAUUUGAAAUGUGUACAGAUAUUUAUGUAGAAAGAACCGUAUUUUAAUGUUGUUCCUCUUUUUAUUAUUAUUAUUAUUAAUUAAUUAACAGCAUUUAUAUGAAUUGUGAAUAGAGAAUCGAUUUUGUGCACACACGAAAUAGUAGGGAGUAGAAGCAAAUCUAUCUAUGUAAUUAAACAGCAUAAUAUCCGAGUGAAAAUAUCCAGUUGAAAAUCACACUGUAUGUUUUUUUUUAAAAAAAAAAGAAAAGAGAUAUCAGUAAUUAACUUGUUUGAGCUGUUUAGUUCAAAGAAUAAAUAAAUAAGUCAAUUAAAGUACCGAAUUACUCAAUUAGUGUGUGAAAAUAUUAUACUUGUCAUUGUACUGAUUAUAAGUUCUUCUUUUAAUUGACUUAACAAG